UUUGAAUGACUGCAAUACUGUUGUAGUAUUGGUUUAUAUGUAUUAUUGUUAACAAACAACAAAAUGCCCGCCACUACUGACAACACCAAUAAUUGCAAUCAUAUUAUUAAUUGUGUUAAUAAUAAUAAUAAUAAUAAUAUUAACAAUAUUGUCAACAAUUCACAAUCAAACACCACUUCUCCAAACAAUAAACAUAACCAACAAUCACAACAACAACUUCAACAACAACAACAACAAUCACCGCAACAGUUGACAACACAGACUGAGAAACCAUUGCAUUAUCAGUAUUUAAAGGAGUUUCGUUGUGAACAAUGUCCACUAUUCCUACAACACAAAUGUACACAACAUAAGCCAUUCACGUGUUUUUAUUGGCAUUUCUGUAACCAACGGCGCCGUCGACCCAUACGGAAACGUGACGGCACUUUCAACUACUCGCCCGAUGUUUACUGUACUAAAUAUGAUGAAACAACUGGUGUCUGUCCAGAGGGUGACGAGUGUCCAUACCUUCAUAGGACUGCUGGUGACACUGAACGCCGCUAUCAUUUGAGAUACUAUAAGACUGGUAUUUGUGUGUACGAUACGGACACUCGGGGUUAUUGUGUAAAAAAUGGUCCGCACUGUGCGUUCGCACACGGAUUACAUGACUUGCGAAACCCAGUGUAUGACAUUCGGGAACUACAGGCCAUGGAAAGCGGUCAAAAUAUUUUAUGCGACGGGGAAAACGGUUUUAAUAACAAUGCGAUACCCAAUAAUCUGGACAAAGAGCGGAACGCCCUAAAUGAAGACCCGAGAUGGCAGGACACGGCCUAUGUAUUGGCUAAUUAUAAGACAGAAAUCUGCAAACGACCGCCAAGACUGUGCCGACAGGGCUAUGCCUGUCCUCAGUUUCACAACAACAAAGACAGACGUCGAUCACCCAAAAAAUAUAAAUAUCGAUCGACUCCCUGUCCUAAUGUUAAACAGGGAGAUGAAUGGGGAGAUCCAACUAAUUGUGAGAGUCUGGACGGUUGUCCCUAUUGUCAUACAAGAACUGAGCAACAGUUUCAUCCGGAAAUCUAUAAAUCAACCAAAUGUAAUGAUAUCCAACAGACCGGUUACUGUCCGCGCGGACCUUUCUGUGCAUUUGCACACGUGGAGACCAAUGAAGAGAUAUCCGCUGCCCGAGAGUUAUCUAUGGAAGGAACUACCGAUUUAUCUCAAUUAGUGUCUAAUGUAUUGCCACCUAAUAAUUGUAACACUAGUCCUGUGCCGAUCAGUCGAACCGGUUCUAUAUCAAACCCGCAACAAACAGGUACGACCCCGCAGUCCAUUAUCAAUAGGACAUCUAAUAAUCAAUCAGUGGCCUCAUCACUACCCGAACACUAUCAAAGCGGUUUUGAUCUGUCAGCCCCACAGCCACCACCACAAAUGGCGCUCAGAGAUAUGACAGUAUCUGGAUGUUUAGGACCCAUUGCCCGCCCCCGUAGUUACAGUACUUCUACAGCCACCACCAGAAGUGAUAGUUUAUUUGCAUCAAUAUAUGAAAAGAAUGGUCCCCUCAAUAACAACGCUUCGUCAUUGUUUGCGGGAAACAGUUCACCUCUUUUCUCAAAUUUUGCUAUAUCUCCGUCAACCGGUACCGACUCUAUUGGCAAUCAAUACACCAGUAAUUUCAAUCCAAUAGACGCCGCUUUUAAUCAUUUAGAUGAUCUCAAUUUAGAUGACUUGCAAAUCGAUAGUUUUGAUAAAGAGUUUCAACAGCAUCAUAGAGAAAGUAUUGGCGCCAAUAGUGAUGUUUCCAAUCAUAUGGAUAGUGUUGUCAAUAGUGUUCUCACUAGAAAUAGCAUAUUGGGGUCAACACAACCCGUUAACAUACCGGGUGCUCGACUAAAUAAUACAAGCAAUAGUUUGUCAUCACCUCCAGUGAGUGCUUCUCCAAUAGCAUCAUCAUUGACCAGUGGUAAUCAAACAUCUGGUUUAUCGCACGGAACCAAUACUGGCACUGGUUUUGGUAUGUCGUCAUCAUUUAUACAGCGGACAAAUUCUGUGGGACAGUCGUCACUAUACGACUUUGGCUCUAAUAACAUGUCUCCGGGAAGUUCUUCAAACAAUAAUCAUUCAAUUAUGGCUUCAAUGAUGGAAGUGCAGAGACUUCGCGAAGAAAACUCAUUACAUAAGGCGACGUUAGCUAAUUAUGAAGAAAAGUUAGCUCAAGCCAUGAAUUUAUGGAAAUUAGAAGUGGAAGAAGUGACACGAAAAGAAAAGUUAGCCGAAUCACAGAGGGAUGAGGCAUUGAAUAAGUUGUCGUCAAUUCAAAGGGAAUUAGAGCUCUUGAAGUGCUCGGAAAACACAUUACAGACCAAACGUAUGGGAGAUUUGAGUUCAAUGACUGCCAACCAAUUAAUCCAAUUACAGAAUCAGACACGAAAUGAGUUAAAGUGUAUCGAAGAGGCUUUAUUAAGACAACACAAAACUGCAUGACUUGUAAGAGUUAUAUAAACAUAAAUUAAGAAAUUGAAUCAAAUUAUUAUAAAAGUAUUUUUAAUUUAAAUUAUAUUAUUAUAUACUGUUUAUACUUAUUAUAAUAU